CUCUCCCCCGACCCUCUACAGUUGACAAACCCCCCAGCCACCGCCACCCAUUUUCCGGCCGGAAAUCCGGCAAAGCUUGGGGAUUUCUCCCUAUUUUCUUGUCUUAGAACACCUGUUGAACCCAGAAAAUCCCAGAUCUGCGUCUUCCUCCCUCUGCUGUCCGUCGGCUUCAACUUGUGGGUUUGAAAUUUCUGGGCAUUUUUGGUAAGAACAACCCUGAAUCUCCCUUUUCUCUCUUGAUUUAGGCUUGGGUUUACCUUGAAUUGUGUUUUGGUUUUUGGAUUGGGUAGCCGCAAGUUCCCCUGCAAAAUUUCUUCUUCUCUACCGCCAGCUUCUCCCCCCUACUAGGCUCGGUUUUGCUUGCUAAAUUCUGGUUUUGAUCGUUCUGUCACCGUAGCACUUGGGUUAGCCUUUUGUUCUGUGUGAGUGAGGUUUAAAUUGAUUUUAAAUUGAUUUUAUCAGCAUCUGAGGGUGAUUAAACUGAAAUGAGAAUUUGGAUGAUUUUCAUGAGAAUUUCCUUGUUUUUCUGAAAUUGAGCAUCAUUGGAAUGAAAAUGAGGAUUUUAUUGAUUUUCUGGAAAUGAGCAUGAUUGAGAAAUGAAAAUGAGAAUUUCAUUGUUUUUCUGGAAUAGAGCAUGCCUAUUUGGGAAUUGACUGAACUGCUUUGAUAAACUGAGAAUUUUGUAAAUGUUGAGUUUUCUGUUAAAUCCAUGCCUGCAUGGAAAUUUUCCGGUUUGUUCUGAAAUUCGGGAUUGAUUGUGAAAUUCGGGUUUUUCUGUAAAUCUUGCAUGGUUUUGUCUCGGAUAUAGUUAUGAUUAUUGAUGAUCCCGCUAGUGGGGGUUAAACGCUAGCACAUGUCGGCGCAUGUCGAUAUGUUAGUGAUGAUCCUGCUAGUGGGGGUUAAACGCUAGCACAUGUCGGCCCAUGUCGAUAUGUUAUUGAUGAUCCUGCUAGUGGGGGUUAAACGCUAGCACAUGUCAACAUGUUUACUGAUAUGACCGGUCCAUUCUGUAACCCUACCAAUGGGGUUAAACAUUGGUAAUUAUUGUCGCCUGCCAGUGGGAGUUGUAAACACUGGCACCAUUACUGACGCCUGCCAGUGGGAGUUGUUAAACACUGGCACUUCUGUAACCUUGCCUAUGGGGUUAAACAUUGGCAACUACUGUGCCUGCCAGUGGGAGGUUUAUAAACGCUGGCCAUGACCUAUGGAUGAGACUACUGAACUGAGUUUUAUUCUGCAUGAACGGUUUGUCAUGAAGGCUUUGAUAUUGAACUGAAUCUGAUUCUGUUUUAAUGGUUUGUCAUUGAACGUUUUGCUAUUGAACGGAAUUUGAUUCCGCAUUAACGAUUUAUCAUUGAAAGUUCUGUUAUGUUUACAUGGUUUGUCUGGCAAGCUUAAAAGUUUU